UCUCUUUUCUCAUCUCUCAGACAACAACAGAAAAAAAAAAACCAACAGAGAGAGAGAGAGAGAGGGAGAAAGUACCUUGAGAAUAAAGGUAAUGAUUAAUCUGCCAGGCACAAAAAGAACCAUUUGGGGAUCUCAGACUCUCACUGGCUCAUUCAAGUAAACAGCAGUGAGCAGGGCAAGACAGUUUCACCAGAAGAACAUUAAGUCACAGGUUGGAAUUGGGACAGCCAGAGAACCUCACCCGGAAUCUUCAGGAACCUCAGAGCGGUUGUCUAAACAUCUGUCCACAUUCAUGUGUGAGUGAAGGCAGGACCAGUGGAAGCAGGUGCUGGUGGGGACAGUGGUCUUUGCAGAAGCUCUAUGAUGCAGCCUGAGAAGGGACACAGUGGGAAAAGCCUCAAACAGAGACUGGUGUUGAAGAGCAGCUUGGUUAAAGAAACCCUCUCAGAGUUCCUGGGCACCUUCAUCAUGAUUGUCCUUGGCUGUGGUUCUAUCGCCCAGGCCACCCUCAGUCGAGGAACUUUUGGAGGGAUUCUCACUAUCAAUGUCGGAUUUGCCAUGGCGGUCGUGAUGGCCAUUUAUGUGACAGGAGGGGUGUCAGGUGGCCACAUCAACCCAGCUGUGUCUUUGGCCAUGUGCCUCUUUGGGCGGAUGAAAUGGUUCAAGCUGCCUUUUUAUGUGGGAGCCCAGUUCCUGGGUGCCUUCGCAGGGGCUGCAGCCGUCUUUGGCAUCUACUAUGAUGGGUUUAUGUCCUUUGCUGGUGGAAAGUUGCUCAUAGAGGGAGAAAACGCAACAGCACACAUCUUUGCGACAUACCCAGCUCCCUAUCUGUCUCUGCCAAAUGCAUUUGCAGACCAGGUUGUGUCUACCAUGUUCCUCCUCAUGGUUGUCUUCGCCAUCUUUGACUCCAGAAACAUGGGGGUCCCCAAAGGCCUGGAACCCAUUGUCAUCGGCCUCCUGAUCAUUGCCAUCUCUUCCUCUUUGGGACUCAACUGUGGCUGUGCCAUGAAUCCUGCUCGAGACCUGAGCCCCAGGCUGUUCACUGCUUUGGCAGGUUGGGGUUUUGAGGUCUUUACAACCGGAAACAACUUCUGGUGGAUUCCCAUUGUGGGCCCCUUGGUGGGAGCUGUCCUUGGAGGCCUCAUCUACGUCCUUGUCAUUGAGAUCCACCACCCAGACGGUGAACUUAACUUUGAGACAGAACAGUCUGAUGGGAUGCCAGGGAAAUAUGAACUCAGUGUGAUUAUGUAGUAAUGCGCUCUGUCCUGCAUCUGCCGUUCAUUCAUCUGGAGGGUACGCUCUUUGGAAAAGAUGGCACCAGGUGUCUGUUUUCCUAGGACUCAGGUGGGAUCCACAGAGUUCUCUCUUCUAGUCAAGUGGGAUGCAAACUGGAACAGCGUUCGAGUGAAAGUUUGAAAACUCUGAUCUCUUCCCUGCCAAUCCCUCCCACCCUCAGCCCAAAUAGUUUCAACGGUUCCCUGAAACACCCUUCUCUGCUGCUCUGUUUUUUGUUUGUUUUGUUGUUGUUGUUGUUGUUUUUCUAAGUUUUGAUGGGUGUAAACUAAGUGAACACUAGUAAUUUGAAACCUUAUCCAUGAACUUAAUGGGAUGGCCUCAGCUGCGUUCCCUGUGUGCAAUUAUGUCACCAAUGAGUCUUGUCCAUAUUCGUGAAGAUGACAGUCUUGGUAUCAACCAGAAUUUCCAGUGGAUUGAAAGACACAGCAAUGGUUUCAGUCAAGAUGCCUAUGAUGAACCAGGGAGUGAACAGGUUAACUCUCCAGUGCUGUCAUGCCCUUGUGUUUGUCUAAAUUCUACUGUUCUUCAGGCAGCAGUAGAUUACAGCUGGAAAACACAGGAGAAAGAUAGCAUCCAGAAACCUCGGGAGACAUGACAGAUUUAUCUCUCCAUAAAAAAAUAAUAAUAAUGGAAGCCAUUUAUCAGAUUAAUCUCUUGCUCUUUCUGUUUUAGAGGACACCUAGUCUUGGCAAUUAGUAUAUAAUUCUCGUGAACUCCAUUCACAGCCUCAGUUGUGAGCAAAACACCCCUCUGUACUUUCAGCUUGAAUGUGUUUUCCUAAUUGCACACUGGAGGGCAGAUAUUUGACAUGCUUGGUCCAUGGCUGCCUUUAUUCUUUCAUCAUAUAUGUGCCCUAUGAGCCCAAAUGAAAACCAAUGGACACUUGUCUGCUAAAAUCCUCAGCGUGGAGGUCCCUGGAAAGACACCAUUUCCUUGUUGGACUUCACAAUUCACAAAGUACUUGCUAUGUGUUACUCCACUGAGUCCUCUCAGUGAAUGAAUGAGGUGAAAUGCCAUGUGGCAUGUUUUUUUUUUUUUUCAGACGAAAGAACAAGUCUCAGGGGCAUCGGUGAGUUGCCUGAGGUCACGUGGAAAGUUGGACGUCCGUCCACUGUAUCCUGGACCUUCCAGAGGAAGAGUGACUGGCUGAGAAUCUUGGCCAGCCCUUCCUGGCUGGAUAGAUAAACGGGAAUGAACAGGUGUCCAAACACAUCCACUUUCUGGACGUAGUAAUUCUCUGGAUGCUAAAUUACCAGGGUCUUUGGUAUCUGGUUUUAGCCCCGCUGUUACUGAAGGUCCUAGCAGAACAGUCGUCUUCCUCACUUGCUGGAAGAUAUGGCCAGAAGGCCUCGCUGCCUGGCUUGGUCUGAGCAAGCCAUGGUCUCCCUCUCCUGACAGUCCCCAGCAUUACAUCAGGGGAAGUUGGGGAGCUUCUCAUGGCCUGGCUUUCUUUGUAAGGUUCUCUAGUUGAUGUCACUUUGGUCAAAAGCUUUUUUGUGAAUUACAAAUCCCAAGUCAUUCCUCUCCAUGAAAUAACACAUCUUCAGCCUGACCUUUUUCAAGCAUAGCAGUCUUGGAAAGGUCCUUGCUGUGUGAUAAUGGAACAGCAACAUCCAGCUGUGAACUGUCUCUCUUCACCUGUGCUCUAUCAUCUCCUGAUAUAGGGAACUUUUCCUUUUGCCUCUAGGGUUAUCACUGGGGUUCCAUGCAUGCACUGAAUCCACUGCUCCUGGUGGCUAUUUUUUCCAUUUUAUUGGAUAGGGCAGAAAGAAAUUGAGAGAGGAGGGGGGAGAUAGAGAGGGAGAGAGAAAGAUAGACACCUGCAGACCUGUUGCACCACUCAUGAAGCAUUCCCCCCCCCACACACACAGGUGGGUAGUGGGGACCUUGAACCUGGAUCCUUGCUCAGGUUCUUGAGCUUAGUACCAGGUAUGCAACUCCUACCACAGACACACACAUACAGGAAACUCUUAGUGUGUCCUGAAACUACCUUGAUAUAAUCUUUUAAAAUCGGUCAAUCAGUCCUUGAAUCAACUGAAUUCAGCUGAGUCACCUGGCCUGUGUCACAACCAAACCUUGUCUAAAUGUUUGACAUACAGAAUCACAAGCAAGUAAAAUGGCUGCUAUUUUGUAUCAUUAAAAAAAAAAAAAAGGGGAGGUGUUGCUUUGGGUGGCUUGAAACUGCUAAGAACACAAGAUUCAGAGGUUGUCUCUCCAGUUUAUGACCUGAGAAUUCCUGGGGAGCCUCUAAAAGGAUAUACCAGCUGGAUUGAGAGGAUUGAGAGGCGAUUUGGUUGAACUGUCUGAGUGUCAAAUUUCUUUGAGGACCAUGCACUGUGGGGGUCAGGUAAUUCCUGGGGGAGGGAGGGUUCCAGGGUUUGAGUUCCUUGUGAAUUAGAGCUGUGGUGUUCUCCAGGGGAGAGUUCUAGGAUUCUAGAGUUCCCACCACCCCAUCUGCCACUUCUAACGUACCGACGUCUGGACACAUAUUUGGUUGUUUCAAACAAGGAGGAAGUGUCAUUGCCAUCUAGUGGGCAGAAAUAAGGAAUGAGGUUAAGUAUUCUGCUGUGUAUGUGUUGGCUCUGGCCUCCAAGAAAGAACCAUUAAGUUCAGUGCCAGGGAGCCAGAGCAGUGGCUGUGUACAGGGCUGGCAGACAAGAGCUCCUGGGUUCAAUCUCUGGCACUGCCACUAUUCAGAAAUGAGCUGUGCUGUGGUCAAGCAUCUUCAAGUUUAAAAUGCCCCCUCGUGAAGAGAUUGGGAGACACCCCCUGGGUUCCUGAAAAGAUGAGGAGAGGAGCAAGAGAAGACAGGAGAGCCCCUAUGCCCUGACUCACAUUCUGCUGAAACUGACGUGCUGCAAAUCAGGAACAGUCUUCUGGCUGAAUUAACAUUAGUUGAAGGCGAGGCUUGAGUUUUCAGGUUGAAGCAUGGAAUCGGUGAUCCACGGCAGAGCACAUUAAGUGUUGGCGGGUGGUAAAA